GGAAAGCAAACUCGUUUCUGGGGACGAAGAAGAUGAAGACUCAACGCAAUUGAGACCUUUCGUGAAUGUAUUGUUAAAUACGUUUUGAUUCUCGACAUUACUAAUCUAAUGUCAUAAAUGUUUUUUCUACCUCCAUUUUAACUUCUCUUAGUUUUUCGAAUAGUUUGCUGUAAAGUUGAAUAGAAUUAGUAAGCAACGCAUAGCAUGCUAACCCUUGGUUGCUAAUCAGACUAGCAGUCAAAGCUGUCACACUUUCAAGCAAAACUAUGUUUUUGCAAACAUUCGCCGUCUUUUAUUACACUUUGUCAUCGGCCGAAUGAUAAAGCACUUGGUCAUUGGCAUAUUUACGUGCCUUUGUUGCUCUUUGCGCCUACCACGCCGCUACUUUCUGACCAUGCAACGUUUUUUGACGAGAAUUGUCAGCCGGCUCUGGCUGCACGAGCCGGUCACGACGGCGAUGAGCUCCGAAUCACAAAUUCACACACAUAGUCGACGAAAGAUGGUGGUGGGUCUGGGUAACCCGGGUAUGGAGGGCACCCGGCACAGCGUGGGCAUGGCGGUGGUGGACGCCCUGGCCGCGCAUCUGGGUCUGGGUGAGCGUUGGUGCGGCGACAGGCAGCUGCGUGGUGAGGUGCUGGUGGCGGAUGCGCAUCACCUGGUGCUGCUGCGCCCCCGGGUAUUGAUGAACAUCAACGGCGUGGCGGUGGCCAAAGCUGCCAACAAGUAUGGCGUUCAACCCGAGGACAUCCUGCUGGUCCACGACGAGCUGGACAAACCUCUCGGAAAGGUCGCCAUUAAACACGGGGGAAGCGCCAGAGGCCACAAUGGGGUCCGGUCCUGCAUGGACUGCCUUCGCACAGACGUGAUGCCCAGGCUAAGGGUGGGCAUUGGGCGCCCGGCAGGAAAGACUUCGGUGGAGCGCCACGUCCUCGGCCGCUUCAGUGCAGAGGAGCGGAAAGUUCUGGACUCUGUUCUGGUGCAGAGUGUCAAUAUUCUAAUGUCUCAGCUCAGAGACCAAGAUGAAAAACAAUGCUCCUCACCCUCCUCCACAGCAGGGGGCAGACAAGCUAAAGUGGCCAGCAUAGAACCUCAGCAGAUCCAAAUGUGUCCAGCCAACACAAAGGAGCAACCUAGUAAAACAAAAGCUGUGGAGACUUGACAUCUGCGAGUCCAAACUUGAACAAUUGCCUCUACGUUUUGGACACAGGUGUCAAGCUGGCUUGCAGUCACACUAGCAACAGGUCAAAAGUUUGAGCGAGCCAAGAGGAAGUGGCAUCCUCCCCAAAUAAAGGCAAUGCAAAACAUGUCACAUCA